AUGUUCUUUUCCCAAGGAGCAGAGUUUGAGUUCGAAGAGACGUUCAUGGUGGUCAACGGUCACGACGUCUCUUUGCCAACGUUUUUGUCAUAUAUCCUCGACUGGGUGUUCUACGUUGUGAUCCUGUUGAGCGCAAUCUUUUAUGGUGUUUUUGGAACGCCCAGAACAAGCGACUUUGAUGUUAGAGACACCUCCAUCAUGCACAUGUAUGUCCAGGAGUCCAAGACCAUGGUGCCCAUUUGGCUGCUGAUUGUGGUGGCCGUGGUGGUGCCCAUCAUCGUUGUUGUUUUGGCCGGUAUCCUGGUCACACGCCUGCCUCCAGCAAGAAGAGUGUGGGAUAUCCAUUGCGCACUGCUGGCGCUUUUGGGUGCUUGCUCGUUCCAGUUGUUCACUGUGGUGAUUCUGAAAAAUGUGUCUGCCCUUCCUAGACCGGACUUCCUCACGAGAUGCGUUCCCUUUACCUUUGCUAACCAGCAGCUCGGUUCGUUGAGCACAAUUGGUAUUUGUGCCAAUCCGUCACACAGAUUGAUUUUUGAAGGUCUGAGAAGCUUCCCCAGCGGCCAUGCAUCCACAAUUGCAACCACGUCCACGGUGCAGCUGCUGUUCAGUGCCGGAAAACUGAACCUGUUUGACGGGAGAGGACUUUCCUGCAAGGCCAUCAUCACGGUGAUGUAUCCAAUUAUAAUCACCGCAACUGUCAGUUUCUCGAGGAUCUCGGACAACAGACAUUUUGUGAGAGAUGUUGUUGCCGGUGUGUUUCUAGGAACGCUCUACGGAACGCUCUUCUACACAAUUUACUUCCCAUUUCCUUUCAUCAAGGAGAAUUUGGGAAGAGCGUACUUGCCACGUAGAUUUGGUGUCAAUGAUCUCUUCAACGGCGUGGGUGGGUUUUGGAAAAUCCCUGACGUUCCUGGUGCUCCAACAGACAGAACAGAGGUGCCUGGCUACUACGAGGACUCUCACCAAAAAGACCAGGCUCCAGCCACAGGAACAUCUCCCGGCGAGCAGAAACCCCCACCAACAAGACUAAGUUUGCAAACAACAAAAACAGCAACCAAACCAAGAGACCUGACCCAGUCGUCGCGGAGAUAA